AUGGCUACUGCAAAUUUGGAGGGGCAAUCACAGGUGUCAUUUGCGGUCAUCAAACAGGUGCGGCAACGUGAAAGCAACCGUAUUUUCAACGUUAUUGACAUAUUGCCCGGAUACACUGUGAUAAUCAAGGCUACCACAGCGGACAAGCAGCAUCUCAUUCAAGCAGAGGCAGGCAACUAUCGUCAUUUGAACGAUUAA